GCAAGAGGGAAAAAAACAGUAAAUACAAGUUGCUUAUGUCUGGUUGCGAAGACAAAAUUCAGCAUCUCACUUAUUUCAAUCUAUUAUAUGGAUUUAUGUCUUUCAUUCUCCCCAUCUUCUCGCCGCCAACUCCAAAAUUGUCGUCUUGAUUUGAAAUUGUGAAGACUUAAGCAGUUAGCUGAUACCUGAAUGCUCAUACUUCCUCUCCAAAUUGUCGGAAUCUAUAAUUUUCAGAAACAAGGUUGCUCAUUCGUGGUCCUCUCAUUUCACAUGCGUUUCAGAACCCUCAAGUCAACUGAGUGCAAAUUCUCUGUCAGCAGCUAUGAGCAAAUUCAUUAAGGAUAUAUGAGGAUACGUGCGUAGUUGAUCUGAAAUGAAAGUCGUCGAGUUUGUUUCUUUUCUCUUUGUCUUCUUUGGACUGUUUCCUUGCGGCUUAACUAAGAAUGUUACUGCGAGACCAUCUGUGGUGAAUAUUGGAGCCAUUUUUACAAUAGACUCUACUAUUGGAAGAGUGGCUCAGCUUGCCAUUCAGGAAGCUGUCAAAGAUGUAAAUGCAAAUUCCAGCAUUCUGCGUGGAACCAAACUUUCUGUCAAAAUUCAGAACUCCAACUGUAGUGGUUUUUCGGGUAUGGUUGAAGCUUUACGAUUCAUGGAGACUGAUGUUGUCGCCAUUUUGGGGCCACAAUCUUCUGUAGUAGCUCAUACCAUAUCCCAUGUUGUAAAUGAACUCCAAGUUCCUCUUUUAUCAUUUGCAGCAACUGACCCCACCCUCAACUCCCUUCAGUACCCCUUUUUCGUUAGAACAACACAGAGUGAUUUAUAUCAAAUGGCUGCAGUAGCCGAGAUUGUUGAUCAUUAUAGUUGGAAGCAGGUGAUUGCAAUUUUUGUAGAUGAUGAUUACGGAAGAAACGGAAUAUUGGCUCUGAGCGAUAGACUUUCUCAGAGACGGUGUAAAAUCUCUUACAAGGUGGGUAUUCAACCAGAAACUGGAGUAAAUAAGGAAGCUAUCAUGGAUAUUCUUGUUAAGGUUGCAUUAAUGGAAUCUCGUGUUAUUGUUCUUCAUGUUAAUUCUAAGCUGGGUCUUACAGUAUUUUCUGCAGCAAAGUAUCUUGGGAUGAUGGGUAAUGGGUAUGUAUGGAUAGCCACAGAUUGGCUCUCAUCUUAUUUGGAUACAUUUUCGCCUCUACCUUCCGAGACAAUGGACACGAUUCAAGGAGUCCUUUCUUUGCGUCACCACACACCAGAUUUGGAUAGAAAAAAGUCAUUUACCUCUGGGUGGAGCAAGUUAACUGGCGGUUCCUUCGGGCUGAAUUCUUAUGGACUCUAUGCAUAUGAUUCUGUCUGGCUGGUUGCUUAUGCAAUGGAUGCAUUUUUUGAACAGGGUGGUAUUAUCUCAUUCUCUAAUGAUUCUAGGUUGAGAACUGCUGAAGGAAGUAGUAAUCUUCAUCUUGAUGCAAUGAGCCAAUUUGAUAACGGAACACUUCUGCUGGAAAACAUAUUGCAGAGUAAUUUUGUUGGUUUAACAGGUCCUGUAGAGUUUGGUUCAGACAAAUCCCUAAUUCUUCCUGCUUUUGAUAUUAUUAAUGUAAUUGGUACUGGGUUCAGGCGGAUCGGUUUCUGGUCAAACUAUUCUGGAUUAUCAACUGCGCCUCCUGAGACUCUCUAUGCGAGGCCACCAAACCGUUCUAGUGCAACCCAGCAAUUGCACAGUGUUAUAUGGCCUGGAGAGACACUCUUAAAGCCUCGUGGAUGGGUUUUUCCUAGCAAUGGGAAACAAUUGAGAAUUGGUGUUCCAAUUCGGGUCAGUUUCAAGGAAUUUGUAUCCCAAGUGCGAGGAACAGACAUGUUCAAAGGUUUCUGUGUUGAUGUGUUUACAUCUGCUGUGAGUUUAUUACCAUAUGCUGUUCCAUAUCAGUUUAUCCCCUUUGGAGAUGGUAAAAAGAACCCAAGCUACACAGAGCUUGUGAAUUUGCUCACAGCUGGUUCCCUCGAUGCUGUUAUCGGUGAUAUUGCUAUAGUCACAAAUCGAACAAAAAUUGUUGAUUUUACACAGCCAUAUGUAUCAUCUGGAUUGGUUGUUGUGGCUCCAUUUAAGAAGUUGAAAACAGGAGCCUGGGCUUUCAUGCAGCCAUUUCGUCCGCUUAUGUGGGCUAUCAUCUUCUGUUUCUUCAUUGCUAUUGGUGUAGUUGUGUGGAUUUUGGAGCACAGGACAAAUGAUGAGUUCAGGGGUCCACCUAAAACACAAAUUAUAACCAUUUUAUGGUUCAGCCUCUCAACUCUAUUUUUUGCUCAUAGAGAAAACACUGUCAGCACAUUGGGUCGUUUUGUGCUAUUAAUAUGGCUCUUUGUGGUUUUAAUAAUAAACUCAAGCUAUACUGCAAGCCUGACAUCGAUAUUCACGGUGCAACAUCUAUAUUCUUCUAUUCGAGGGAUUGACAGCUUGAAGGAAAGUGAUGAUCCCAUUGGAUAUCAAGUAGGUUCUUUUGCCGAGUAUUAUUUGAGCGAGGAACUUAAAAUACCAAAAUCUAGGCUUGUUGCCCUUGGAAGUCCUGAGGAAUAUGCUACCGCCCUCCAACGUGGUCCUGAAAAGGAGGGCGGCGUUGCUGCUAUUGUCGAUGAACUUCCUUACGUUGAACUCUUUCUCUCAUCCGCUUGCUCUUUCAGAAUUGUAGGUCAAGAGUUCACGAAAAGCGGCUGGGGUUUUGCGUUUCCACGGGACUCGCCCUUAGCUAUCGAUAUGUCUACUGCAAUUCUGGAGUUAUCGGAGAAUGGGGAUCUCCAAAGGAUCCAUGAUAAGUGGCUGAUGCGAAGCAGCUGCAGCUUGGACAGUUCAGAACUUGAAUCAGAUAGACUGGAGCUCAAAAGUUUUUGGGGACUAUUUCUCAUUUGUGGAAUAGCUUGCUUUGUUUCUCUGUUGAUAUACUUUUUGCAGAUUAUACUGCAGUUAAAUCGUCGUGUUCCCCCUGAAGAAUUGUCUGCUUCCCCUAGUCAAGGUACCUCCUCACGCUCUGGUCGCCUCCAGAAACUGCUAUCGAUAAUGGAUGAGAAGGAAGACCGGUUUAAAAGCAAGAAAAAACGGAGGAAGCUCGAAAGAUCACUAUCAGAGAAUGAUAGAGAUGCGGAGUUGGCAAGAACAACAAAAAAGAAAGGAAUAGAAUUGACGUGAAGAGCAAGCAACAUCAACCUUAGUGCUGCUUCAUUGUUUAGCCAUUGAUGUAUAAUUACACACACACACACACACUUGAUUUUUCAAAUGUUUAUUUAGAGUCCUUGUCAUGCAGGAUUUUUAGAACAUACAAUUUAUGUUAUUAACCAUAAGGGGAAGCUUAAAUGAAAAGUUAAUCCCUUUGAGAUCAAAAUGUAAAGUAGUUACCGGAAAAAGCACAGCACUAUUGACUUCAUAACUGAUGGAUGGAGAUAAAAGAAUAUUUUAAUUAAUA